CUUACAGGUCAUGGUUGCUUCCGACAGUAUCUACACCGUUUCGGGCAUGCGGAUUCUCCCGAAUGCCCAGUGUGCAAUGGUUUAGAGGAAACGGCGGAACACGUUUUGUUCGUGUGCCCGCGUUUUCGCACAAUGCGUGACCGCAUGCUUGCCACAUGCGGGGAGGACACAACUCCGGACAACUUGGUCCAGAGGAUGUGUAGGGAUGAGUUUGGCUGGAACGCCGUUUCAACGGCUAUUACCCACAUCGUCUGGGAGCUACAGAGGAGGUGGCGCGUGGACUCGGAGAAUGGCUAGUCCAGAUGCAGUACAAGAGGUGGUCCAGGGGUUCGGAGUCGGCUUCGUAGGUCAUACCGGUGCCCUGCGGUCGAGAUCGACCCUUACAACGAUUAAGUGGCCGCGGAGAGGAAGUCCCGGUAGCGGUGCUGUCGUGGCGUCGGUCUACUGGGUUGGAUCCGAGCCCGCGGUUGGAAAGGGGUCCCCGGCAAGGGUCGGGGUAGGUGAGAUCCUGCUGUCUGCAACCUACGGAUGCAUCUGAUAGGGCCUGAAGGGUAGUGAUACCCUUCCUUUGCGGGCAGGUCAGAUCGGGUUGCAUGUGGGCAUCAGUUCUUGAUGUCCGCUCAGCAGUAGGGCGCGGGCGGGGUUGACCCUGCCCGCCUUCCGAGGACAAAGGGAGUGGCGAGGACCACUCGGGAAACUGGCUAAGCGCCAGCAUGCUAUCGUGAUGGACUCUCCAGAGCGAGUCAUCGAUGUUCGUUUCUGCUAGGCUACGGCAGCUAACCUUGAGGGUGCGAUAUGCACUAGCCCUUCUCUGAAGCAAUACCUUCUUGGUGGUUCCGGAGAGACGUAGGGUUUGGCGACCAUAGGAAUGUGUUUUAGUGGGUCGAGAAGAGAGUAGUCCUGGUUUCUACUGGCGUUAUAGAAGACGGCCUUAACCCCACACUACCCUAACCUUCCUGUUAGGGUGUCUGAUGAGCAGAUUUAUCCCCCUAUGGUUUAGAAGGAAAAAACACACACACACACACACACACACACACACACACACACACACACACACACACACACACACACACACACACACACACACACACACACACACACACACACACACACACACACACACACGCAUGCACACACACACACAGGGUGGCAGCUUGGGAAUUCAUCCUCAGCGAAAAUCGUUCACACAUCCGUGUGGAUUACCACCUUUGGCUCUUCCUUCGGGGAGUGACCGAGCUUCUGGUUUCCAGAUAGCUCAAGCAGAGGAUGCCUAGGAUGUGGCGGGGUUUCAACAGUGGGCUCUGUUGGAUCUCCAUAAAAAGCCACACAUCCGCAAGCAGCUCUGUACAAGCGACCUGGUACCGCUUCCAAAGUGCCUUAGCCCAAAUACUCGGAGUGCCAACCGGCACAUCAGGAUCGAUGCCAGUAACAUCCUGAUUAUGGCAUACUGGUCAACGCAAACGACAACGGACUACGGAUUAUGGAUCGGAUGGCGAUGAUGGGCUGACAUUCGUGCCAUUCUGUUCCCUGAGUAAGGAAGGGUGACACCUACUUGAAACGGCGAGCGGGCUAACAGUACGUUUGCCUCCGUCCCGUUAAAACCUUGGCAGGCCUCCAGGUACGUUCAAUACUCGCACCAACAAAGGUGGGUAGUAGGCUCAGAUGGCACAUUCCUGACCUACGCUGAUCCGGCUCUGGACACGUACCCCAUGAAGGUACGCGUUCAACCCUCGCUUGGCCUCCCUGCUUUGCAAAGAUAACCAAGGGAUCAUAAGCGACUACUACAACGAGUGGGAUAGCGGCCCGGAGUGGGGACCCAACAAAAUGGAGAAUCUAACGAAUAUCGAAGUCGAGGAGGACGCGAACGCGUUUCGAAGAAGCGAGAGGAAGCAGAGAUCACCAGUGACACCGCUGGAAACCGCAGCGAUCGCUACCAGUAGCACAAUCCGAAGCGAGCUCCAAGGAAACCAGCAGGAGCUAGGGUCUUCGAAUCAACGAGUGUUCACACCGACGCCGAAGAGCAGUGCUGCUCAAGAGUCGGGUUUAGGUGAGGUGAGGAAGAAGGUGAACGAACUGUACGAGUUUGUGAAGGACAGACAAAACGUGCACCUGAAAAUUAAGCAGAUGGUGACGAACAUUAAAUCUGCUGUUAUAGCUGCCGAACGAGAGCAAAAGGCACUCAGAUUGAGAGCUGAAACAGCUGAAAAGGCCGUAACGGAAGCUGCAGGAAGAGCUACGGCGGAAACUCGGGAGACGCUUAAGAGUCACCGCUCGGAGAAAAGAGGUAGGGACACGCCUGGAGACGAGGAAGUCCCGAAGAAGCAGAAGAACGAUCAGUCACGCGUCGACGAUCAGAGAAACGAUGGAAGAGACAGUGGAUGGCGCACCGUUGAAAGCCAGCGAGUUGAGAAGAAAAAGCGAAAGGAAAAAAUAGAAAGGAAGACGGAACCGGAAAAGAAAGAUAAACUUCGGCCAUCUAGGAGGAAAAGCAGAGGUGAUGCCUGUUGA